UUUUGAUGAUGUCCUAUGUCCGGUCUUUUUGUCCAACCAGAGUUGCCGGAGAACUGGACAGACACCAAGGAGACUCUGCUGGAGGGAAUGGUGUUCAAUGUGAAAUACCUGGGUAUGACCCUGGUGGGCCAGCCCAAAGGAGAGGACAUGGCCUCAGCUGCCAUUCGCAGAAUUGUAGCCACGGCCAGAGCCAGAGCUAAGAAGUUUCGGAAAGUGACACUGACAGUCUCACCGAAAGGUAUCAUCAUCACAGACACAGAGACCACAGACCUCAUAGAAAAUGUCUCCAUAUACAGAAUCUCGUACUGCACCGCUGACAAAACUCAGGAUAAGGUCUUUGCAUAUGUCUCUCAGAGUCAGUUCAGUGAGACCCUGGAGUGCCAUGCAUUUCUCUGCCAAAAGAAGAAGAUUGCUCAGGCUGUGACAUUAACAGUAGCCCAGGCAUUUAAAGUAGCCCUCGAUCUUUGGGAGAUUGCUCAGGAAGACAAAAGCAAGAAGGCCAGGACCUGCUGUUCUUGUGCAGCAAGCAACGGGCCAACAGAGACAACAGACACUCAGUGUGUUCCAGCAGGUGAGUUUGUUUGAUUUUGUACUCAUCCAUAGUGUGUAUAUGUACAUAAAA